AUGUAGAGUGUGUCGGUCAGAAGGAACACCUGAGAAACCUCUUUAUCAUCCUUGUGUAUGUACUGGCAGUAUUAAGUUUAUCCAUCAAGAAUGCUUAGUUCAGUGGCUGAAACACAGUCGAAAAGAAUACUGUGAAUUAUGCAAGCACAGAUUUGCUUUCACACCAAUUUAUUCCCCAGAUAUGCCUUCACGGCUUCCAAUCCAAGACAUAUUUGCUGGACUGGUUACAAGUAUUGGCACUGCAAUACGAUAUUGGUUUCAUUAUACACUUGUGGCCUUUGCAUGGUUGGGAGUUGUUCCUCUCACAGCAUGCCGCAUCUACAAGUGCUUGUUUACUGGCUCUGUGAGCUCACUACUGACACUGCCACUGGACAUGCUGUCCACGGACAACUUAUUGGCGGAUUGUUUACAGGGUUGUUUUGUGGUGACGUGCACAUUGUGCGCAUUCAUCAGCCUGGUGUGGUUGCGAGAGCAGAUUGUCCACGGGGGAGCGCCGAUUUGGCUGGAUCAUGCUGUUCCACCCUUCAAUGCUGCUGGACACCACCAAAAUGAGGCUCCAGCGGGAGGAAAUGGGGCUGAAAAUGUUGCUCCUGACCAGCCUGCCAACCCACCAGCUGAGAACGCAGUGGUGGGGGAAAACCCGGAUGCCCAGGAUGAUCAGGCGGAAGAAGAGGAGGAGGAGAACGAGGAGGAAGAUGAGGCAGGCGGGGAAGAUGCAGCGGAUGCCAACAAUGGGGCCCAGGAUGACAUGAACUGGAAUGCUUUAGAAUGGGACAGAGCUGCAGAAGAGCUUACAUGGGAAAGAAUGCUAGGACUUGAUGGAUCACUAGUUUUUCUAGAACAUGUCUUCUGGGUGGUGUCUUUAAACACACUGUUCAUUCUUGUUUUUGCAUUUUGCCCUUACCACAUUGGUCAUUUCUCCCUUGUUGGUUUGGGAUUUGAAGAACAUGUCCAAGCAUCUCAUUUUGAAGGCCUAAUCACAACCAUAGUUGGGUAUAUACUUUUAGCAAUAACACUGAUAGUUUGUCAUGGCUUGGCAACUCUUGUUAAAUUUCAUAGGUCUCGUCGUUUGCUGGGAGUCUGCUAUAUUGUUGUUAAGGUCUCUUUGCUAGUGGUGGUAGAAAUUGGAGUAUUCCCUCUCAUUUGUGGCUGGUGGCUGGAUAUCUGUUCCCUGGAAAUGUUUGAUGCUACUCUGAAAGAUCGAGAACUGAGCUUUCAAUCAGCUCCAGGCACUACCAUGUUUCUGCACUGGCUAGUGGGAAUGGUAUACGUGUUCUACUUUGCUUCCUUCAUUCUUUUACUGAGAGAGGUACUUCGACCUGGUGUCUUGUGGUUUCUAAGGAAUUUGAACGAUCCAGAUUUUAAUCCAGUACAAGAAAUGAUCCAUUUGCCCAUUUAUAGGCAUCUCCGAAGAUUUAUUUUGUCAGUGAUUGUCUUUGGCUCCAUUGUCCUUCUGAUGCUUUGGCUUCCUAUACGUAUAAUUAAGAGUCUGCUGCCUAAUUUUCUGCCAUACAAUGUCAUGCUCUACAGUGAUGCUCCGGUGAGUGAACUGUCCCUUGAGCUGCUUCUGCUUCAGGUUGUCUUGCCAGCGUUACUUGAACAGGGACACACACGGCAGUGGCUGAAGGGGCUUGUGCGAGCAUGGACCGUUACUGCUGGAUACUUGCUGGAUCUUCAUUCCUAUUUAUUGGGAGACCAGGAAGAAAAUGAGAACAGUGCAAACCAACAAGUUAACAAUAACCAGCAUGCUCGAAAUAACAACGCUAUUCCUGUGGUGGGUGAAGGCCUGCAUGCAGCCCACCAAGCCAUACUCCAGCAGGGAGGGCCUGUUGGCUUUCAGCCUUAUCGCCGGCCUUUAAAUUUUCCACUCAGGAUAUUUUUGUUGAUUGUCUUCAUGUGCAUAACGUUACUGAUUGCCAGCCUCAUCUGCCUUACUCUUCCAGUAUUUGCCGGCCGCUGGUUAAUGUCGUUUUGGACAGGGUCUGCCAAAAUCCAUGAGCUUUACACAGCUGCCUGUGGUCUCUAUGUUUGCUGGCUGACCAUAAGGGCAGUGACCGUGCUGGUGGCCUGGAUGCCCCAAGGACGAAGAGUGAUCUUCCAAAAGGUUAAAGAGUGGUCCCUUAUGAUAAUGAAGACUUUGAUAGUUGCGGUGCUGCUGGCUGGAGUUGUCCCACUCCUUCUAGGACUCCUGUUUGAGCUGGUUAUUGUUGCCCCCCUGAGGGUUCCCUUGGAUCAGACUCCCCUUUUUUACCCAUGGCAGGACUGGGCACUUGGAGUCCUGCAUGCCAAAAUUAUUGCAGCUAUAACAUUGAUGGGUCCUCAGUGGUGGUUGAAAACUGUGAUUGAGCAGGUUUAUGCAAAUGGCAUCCGAAACAUUGAUCUUCACUAUAUCAUUCGUAAACUGGCAGCGCCUGUGAUUUCUGUGCUCUUGCUGUCCCUGUGUGUACCUUAUGUCAUUGCAUCUGGCGUUGUUCCUCUACUAGGUGUUACUGCGGAAAUGCAAAACUUGGUCCACCGGCGGAUUUAUCCAUUCUUACUGAUGGUCGUGGUAUUGAUGGGGAUCUUGUCAUUCCAGGUCCGCCAGUUUAAGCGCCUUUAUGAACAUAUUAAAAAUGACAAGUACCUUGUGGGCCAACGCCUUGUGAACUAUGAACGGAAAUCUGGCAAACAAGGCACAUCUUCGCCACCUCCACAGUCGUCCCAAGAAUAAAGUGGUUGUCUCAACUACCUUGACCUUCCCCUUGCCUUUACGUGUCCUUUUCUGUGGACUUCUCUUUGGAGAUUUUCUCCAGUGAUCUCUCAGCAUUUUUUUUUAAGUUAAAUGUAUUUGACUUGUGUUCUCAGCAUUUGGAGAGAGCAGCAGGUUAAGUUGCUGCCUUCCUGCAUCUUCUGACAUCACUGCUGUCUGAGAUCUGUACAUGUGUAAAUAGAAGUUCCUGGAUACCCUAAAACCUUGGAUUAAACAGAAUGUGCAUUGUACAUCUUUAAACAAAUGUAUAUUAAUUUAUUAAAUCUAGUUGUCACUUUAUUUUGGACCUGCUGUGAUCUUGACAGGAAACAUGCCACAGAGCCACAGUGCAGAGGUGAGACUUACUAAUGACGUCUCUGGAGCACAAUGUCAUGGUGUUCCUAGCAGUUUUUAUGAAGUGAACUGUACAUUCUGUCUGUCAUGGCUGUUGAGACCUUACCAAGAACGUAAAAGGAAACAGAAAUCAGCAGUGGAGUAUCUGUGGUAAGAAAAUAUGAACUUUGUGCUUCACUGUCAAUCGUUUUUGGAAGUUAUUUUGUAUAACACCAAAGCUGUUGUACAUUUUCUACUGCCUGAUUUUUUUUUCAUGUGUCUGUGUUUGUAAUAUUGUAUAGUAUCUUGUGCUAGUUGAGGAAAUUAUUUUUAAUUUUGAUAAUUUAAUAUUCCUAGUGAUUAGCAUUGGGAGUUGGGUUUUUGUGCUUGUUAGGGGCAUGCCUAUACUUAGAGGGGGGAAAAGUCCAAAAGAAGAUUUUCAUUAGUCUCCUCAUCCUCCUUUUCCCACACAGCUAUCUUUUUUUCUGUUUUGGCAGCAGUAGCCAAAAGUCAUGCAAGAUCAUAAGUCUUAUAGUAUAUCAUCACCAAUGACACUGCAUCUUACUGGAGUGGGGACAGACUGAGGUGUUCCUUAAAUGUAGACAUGGUUUGUGGUCUGAGAUUGACAGCAUUAGGAAAGACUGGUUAGAACAUAGUCCUGCUGGUUAGUACAUCAUUGGGUGAGGAUUAGGGAGUACAUUUCUCCUAGUUUUCCAUGAGUAAAAAUCCCAAGGUUUCUAAAAUUUUUUAUUUACAAGAUAAAACUACAAACAAAAUCAAACUGAUAUUAUUUGUCCAGAAGGAACCUGGCUGAGUUGGCAGUUUAAUAGAGGAGUGUAGAAUGUAUCUCAUUGGAAAUAUGCUGUAAAAUCUCAGAGAACUGAACACAUAAACUUGGUUUUUUCCCUUAUAGCCAAAGCUGCAAGUAGAAGUUUAGAGAAAUAAAAGUUAGGCACAUGAUCCAAGUAUUUAAUGGUCAUGGUUUAAUGUAAGGGUAGUGUUUGUUUUUGAAUGAUAACCUAAAAGUUCUCAGAGAAAAUGAACAGCAUAGGUCUUCAGAAACCAUACAAGAAUUUCCAUAUAGUAUUAAAGCCUAUAACUCAAAUCUGAAGAUUUUUUAAAUAUGAAAGUCAGCCAAACAUAAGCUACCAAAAUAAAAAGCAAAUGUUCUGGUUUUAUAAUUCAACAAUUUUUCCCAAAGUGGUAAGCAAUUACUUAACUCUACAUUUUAAAACAUCAGUAUAUAUAUUAAAAAAAGCUUGCCUUAGGAUUCAGUGUUAUACUUUUUAGCACUUUGCGGUAGGCCUUUCUCUUGUAUUUAAAAUAAGGUCUUUGUGAGCCCUGCCUUCACUUAGAAAUUUAGUUCUACUGUAAAAAUGAGCAUUUUAAAACAUAUUGCCACCUGUCAUGGUAUAUGUCCAUACAAAUAGAGAAACUAUCAAAUUUGGCAUAUAACUUGAUUAUAUUAAUUUAGGUUUCUUUUGAAAUUUUCAGAGACUUUGUAGAUAUUGACAUAAAGUCAUUGGAACAUAUUUACCUGUUUUACCAGGAAGAUAUAGGCAGAUACCACAAAAGAUUAAAAAUUGUUAUUCUACAACAUUUUUAAAUGAAUCUUAUCAGAUACUUUAUAAAAAAUAUAUAUAUGAAUGGCCAAAAAGUUGCCCUCCAUUUCACUUGCAAUAACUUUAUCUUAUGUAAUGAUUUCCCCCAAUUUUCCAGUUGUGCUUUGUCCUGUUUUCAAAAAGAUGAAUACUUUCCUAAGGAAAGCAUCUGCUGAUUACUAUUUACAUGGGUAGCAUCAAGAUUUUAUUAGCCAGUUGUCUUAGAAAUAUUUAAAAUAACUAGUUCAGAAAUUGCUAGUAUUGCUGCCCUUCUUCAUGUAGAAUUUAUUUUUAAUAAUAGUGUAGUUUUACUUCAUUUUACAUUGGGUUUAAACAGUCUUUAAGGAAGUUAAUUAGGAGAGAAAACUUUUUUGCUUUACUUUUACUAUUUAUAAAUUGAAGACAAAUCAACAUUUAGGGUUAGUUUUACAUGACCGGUUACCAAAUGGCCAUUAGUAUCAGGUGUGCAGUUGUUCAUUAUUAGCAAAUUAUGUUUGAUUUUUAAACUUAAUACUAAGUACUAAAAGUUGAGAUGAAAACUGAAGAAAAAUGCCAAUGUGAAGUUUGUAUAUGGCAAGCUUUAAAACUAAAUGUUUUUAGGUGAUGUUUUCCUGUUAGUUUUUUGGAGAAACAGUAGAGAUUAGACAUCUCAAUUCCAGAUGUAAACACAAGUAGUUUUUAUUUCAACAUUUAAUAUAACUGUUGUUACUAUGGAUUCUUGACUUGGUGUUUUUUUUUUCCUUUCCCUUAUUCAAGUAAUAGAAAGUAAAUUUUUCUCAAAUGAUUUGAUCUUAGAUAUGUAAUAUCUGUAUUGGCAAAAUGCUAUCAUUAAAGUCUAAUUCUUGAAUUUAGGAUGAAUUUAUGACUUUUUAAAACAAUGCAAAGCAGCACUGGACAUUUCUACAUUGUAUUGUGUUUACAAACACACACACACACACACACACACACACACACACUGGACAUUUCUACAUUGUAUUACGUUUACACACUCAGAAACACACACACACACUCUAUAGAACACUGGCACAAACGUCACAAGUUAGCUUCUUAUUCUCAUGUUCAGGAUUAUUUUAAGCUUUCUAUUUACUGUGAUAAGUUUUUUACAUUAUAAAAAUAAAUGAUUGUGUUUAAAAUACUCCUUUAGAAUGGUAUCUAAUGAGUCACAAUUAAAAAAAGACAAAAGUGAAAUGCCUUACCACUAAAGUAUUAUUAAAAGCCUCAUUUGUGGAGAUUUUCUGACUUGCUGGAGCUGUCUUGGAUCUUCUUACUUAAUUUGCUCCCUCAAGCAGAUGUUUUCCCUUCACCCCAUUUACUGCCCUAUAUCUUUUUUUUUUUUUUUUAAACAGCCAGGAUGAGCAAGGGCUACUUUCAGAUAAAACCAUUAAUACAGCAUGAAGAUAGACAGUAUAUAUCUUUUCAUUUCUAUCUGUCUUAUGAGUGCCUCAUUUUUUAGUCAUGGAAGUAAUAUAGUACCUUCAAUGAAUACGUAGUGACCAUAAAGCCUGGGCAUGACUACUAUAGAAGCUAAGUAGAACACUGUUAUUUGGGAUACCAAUUUUCUAUUAAAGCAAACAUCUUAGAUACCCAGACUAAUUUUAUGUAUAUAUUCUGAAAUGUUCCCCUUUUUUAUGUGGUCAUUUGUUGUCUUCUGAGUUGAGAGAACAAGAUUGAAUAAAGUGAACGUUAGUUGUA